CUCUCUCAACCACUUGGUGAUUGAAGAGCAGAUCUGCAGAAGACGAACCUAUUCAGUAAUGGAGUUUUACGAAUUGCCUUAUCUGACAGCUGUUACUUCACUUCUUGAGAAGUAUGGGAUUGACCCGAAACAAAUUGGUCGGCCUGAAGUGGGAAGUGAGACUGUUAUAGACAAGAGCAAAUCCAUUAAGACAUUCCUCAUGCAAAUUUUUGAGGGAUGUGGAAAUACUGAUAUUGAAGGUGUUGACUCAACCACUGCAUGCUAUGGGGGAACUGCAACAUUGUUCAACUGUGUCAACUGGGUCUAUGCUGAGGGACUUGCUCGGCCAACUGGAGGAGCUGCAGCUAUUGCUAUGUUAAUAGGGCCUGAUGCUCCUAUUGCAUUUGAAAGCAAAUUCAGGGAAGUCAUAUGUCACAUGCUUAUGAUUUUUACAAGCCCAACCUUGCUAGUGAAUAUCCGUGACAUCUCUUGA